CGCACAGCGGGGCGGGGUGGAGGCCUGGCAGCGGCGCGCACCGAGGGACCGGCGUCCAUGGCGUUUGCUUUGCUGCGCCCCGUCGGCGCGCACGUGCUGUACCCGGACGUGCGGCUGCUGAGCGAGGACGAGGAGAACCGCAGUGAGAGCGACGCGUCGGACCAGUCGUUUGGUUGCUGCGAGGGCCUGGAGACGGCGCGGCGCGGGCCGGGCCCCGGGGGCGGGCGGCGGGCGGGCGGCGGCGCGGGCCCGGUGGUGGUGGUGCGACAGCGGCAGGCGGCCAACGCGCGCGAGCGGGACCGCACGCAGAGCGUCAACACGGCCUUCACGGCGCUGCGCACGCUCAUCCCCACCGAGCCGGUGGACCGCAAGCUGUCCAAGAUCGAGACCCUGCGCCUGGCGUCCAGCUACAUCGCGCACCUGGCCAACGUGUUGCUGCUGGGCGACGCGGCCGACGACGGGCAGCCCUGCUUCCGCGCGGCCGGCAGCGCCAAGAGCGCCGCCCCCACCGGCCCCGACGGCCGCCAGCCGCGCUCCAUCUGCACCUUCUGCCUCAGCAACCAGCGCAAGGGGGGUGGCCGUCGUGACCUGGGGGGUAGUUGCUUGAAAGUGAGAGGGGUGGCCCCCCUACGAGUGUCGAGAAGAUGAGCCUGGACCUCUGUGUCACUUGCUCCAAGCAGGACCCUGGAGAAGGAAGUCAAGAGACCAGCCACUGGUUGAAAACAAGAGAAGACCCAAAGAACUGAACUCAGCCUUCUUUUGUGUAGAGACCAGAGGACAAUGGCCUGGCCCCAUGACCCUCUGGGCAGGCCUACUGGGACAUCUCCACCCCAUCCUGGAGAGCUGUGAGGACCCAUCCAGCUGGCCCCAGCCCUGGCUGGUCAGACAAGGCAGAACUUUCAGGAAAACGAAGGCUAUUGGUGAUAGAGGAUAUGUACAUGACUGUAUGUAAGUGUGUGUGUGUGUGUGUGUGUGUGUCUGUGUGUGUGUAUGUGUGUGUGUGUGUGUGUGUGUGUGUGUGUAAGAGAAUUGGUGAGUUUAAAAUAAAAGAUAUUUUUAAAUAAAAGAUGUUCCCAGGUGAAGAAGGGAAGUGCCUGAGGACAUCAGAGGUCAGAGGUGGCUGCUCUCCUGGACUGUGGGAAAAGCACAGAUGUCACAGGAGCUGGCCUAUGCCCUGGCUGUGGAGGGGCUAAGAACCUCCGCUCUUAGAAGCAGAGCUAGCCAAACAUUCCUCUCAGUUUUAGUUGUCUAAUGUCAUCAGUAAAGAAAUAUUUGUCAUAUUUAUUUUCA